AUGCCGAGCGCAACUGACGACAAAACAAUUCCUAUCUUAGAUCCCACGUCUGAGAUGGGAGAGGAGAUUGAUCCCUCAGUUGAUCGCGACAGGAUCAGAGUUCUAUCUGGUGCGACUGAGACCGCUGCAUCUUUCCAGUUUGACGGUGAAGACCACACGUUGGGAAACGCGCUCAGAUACAUUAUCAUGAAGAAGUACGUCCGAAGGCUUUGUUCCACCCAAAUCAAUCAACCAUGCGUUGGUCCUGAUGUUGAAUUCUGUGGCUACUCUAUCCCGCAUCCUUCGGAAGCAAAGAUGAACAUUCGUAUCCAAACAUACGAUGGCGUCAGCGUUUACUCGGUCUUGGAGAAAGGACUCGAGGACUUGAUGGCGAUGUGUGAUGUCGUGGAGGAGAAAUUCAAAAUCUCCAGAGAUGACUUUGUGAACCAGAUGGAGACAUGA